AUGCUUAUAGAUGGGGAGAAGUGGGCUUGUGAGGCUUGCGUUCGGGGUCACCGAGUCAGCAGCUGUCAUCACAGCGAUCGAAACCUGAUCCAUGUCAACAAGAAAGGUCGUCCAGUGUCCCAGUGUCCCCACUGCCGCGGCCUGCGCAAGUCGAGGACAACCCACACAAAAUGCGACUGUGGCGACAAGAAAAAGGACCAUCAUGGUGUGGAUGGUGCUUGCGGCGACAAUGGCGAAGCGAAGUGUCGUUGUGUACACGGACAACGGUGUAGCUGCGCUUUGAAAAAAGAGCACCUGGAUCCUGUUCCCGAGACUGGGCUCCCUCCACCGCCUCAUAAUGCUGUAACAGAAAUACGCAAGCCUCGUCUGACAUCCACCAAGUCCGAGAGUACGUUGACCGUCUUCCGUGAUGGCCACCAUAAGCCAACGCACAAACACAACGAUAUGGCUCAUAAAUGCGGUCUACCCUACACCAUUCCACGCUCUCACACGAUCCAUGGGACAUCCGAGUUGGCUCAACGGUCCGCUGAUCACCUACCAUUGACUCUUGACAACAACAACAACAACAACAACAGCCUGGAUGCUUCGUACUUCAACCCUGGAGCCGAUUUCGACAGUUUCACAUCGCGCCGUCGGGUUAAGUCAGAACACGGAUCUCCCGAACUCGUGGCUAUUCCAGCGCCAGAGCAGCUCGUCUCAGAAGUUCCCCCGUUAGAUCUGCCAUCUCUCUCUGCCCUCGAUACUGGCAACAACACCACAGAGUCGAUGAACCCGUACGUUCUACAGGAUCCAUACCAAGAGGCCUGGCUUGCAUCUCCUGAAUCGGAGUUCCCCCUUUCUGCGGGAGCUUUUAAUGCUCCGCCGGUUGACUGGUCUAGCUUCCCCCUUCCUGCUUCAGGUCUGUCUACAAGUGUUAGCCAAGCGCCAUCGUACGCCAGCUUUGACCUCAACACCGUCAGCAAUCCGAGUUAUCCUGGUCUGACCGGCUCUUCGUCAGGUGGGGAUGCUUCCGAGGUAGAAGAAUUGGGUCCAAGGGCUGGUUUGACCACUUCCAAUAAUGAUCUGUACGACUUACACAGUCUCAGCGAUGGCUCCGACGUCGAUCAAUACCGCAUUAGCUCUGCUUCGUCAUUUGCAGGAUUGCCACAAGCACGGUUGCUGGCUUCGAGCAACUUGGAGUCGAUCAACAUCGAUGAUUUCCUCCGGUCCGCUAACGAAUCGACCGCAGCACUUGAGCAGCAGCUGCAGGCAAGUAUGGCAAUGGAGUCCAAAACUAUAUCUACGUCGCCGCAGGGAUACGCAAUCUCUCAAUCGCAACCUUCUUACCCGCCUACUGAGUCGAUAUCUCCUGCGCAGUUGGAACCUAGUCAAGCUGACAUGAGCAGCAUGCUAUGGGCCUCUGGUCUGCUCGACAACUCUAUGCCUCCUCCUUCAAUACCAACGGCCGCCUCUACCGCCGAGGAUCCGUUCGCUCAGCCGCCGUGGGCAAACUAG